AUGUUAGCAAAUUUGAUUACGUUGUUAGUUUCUUCCUUAUCAUUAACAUUUAUAGGUUUAUUAUACACAGAAAUAGUCACUUAUAAAUACUAAAAGGAUGUUGAAAUAUUUAUUGGUUUCUUGAAUAAGUUUAUAUCAUAAAAUUAUUAUAAUCCUCAAUCAUAUGAUAGAUAAGUAACUAAUUAUUUCUAAGUAGUUCAAUUCAAUUCUUGUAUAACCUUAACAUGAUUAUUGCAUCUAAUCAGAUACUUAUAAAUAUUAUCAUCCAAAUUCAAUUAUGAUGGACACAUAUACAUUUAGAGAGUAUUCAGGUCUAGUUAAAUAGGCACUUUAAUAACAUUUCUUUGAUGUAUUGCCAAAUGUCACACUCUAUAAAAGAAAUACAAAGAGUAACCAAAAAUGUUAUUUUUAGUACCUCAUUAAUAUAAAUUCCCUUUGUAAUUAACAUUACCAUAUACUUAUUAUGAUUAACUACUAUAUAACUUUAAAGUUGGAUAAAGUAUAUUAUUUCCUUAUUCAGAAUAGGUUCUCUAUGUCUCUUUUAAAAUUAUAAUCAUUUACCUUAAAGAUCCUCUUUGUCUCAUAAAAAUCAAUUAAUGACUAAUUAACUUAAUUAUUUAAAUGAUAUCAAAAAUAAAGGUCUUGAUGAGGAUUGCAUAGUAAUAAAUUUAAUUAUAUUUAGACCAAUGCCACUUUUCUGCCUAAAACUUAUAGACUUUUUGAAGAGUCUGAAUGUAAGUAAUUUUUUACUUAUUUGAAUUCAACAGAGUAUUAAGAUAAAGUAAAAACAGAAGGUCCUUAAUUUAUUGUAAAAAUGGGAUUAGAGGUUCAUAGAGGUAGAGGAAUAACAAUGUUGUUUCCAUAAGAAACUGAAGAGUUGAAGGAGAAAUUUUAGUAUGGUUAGAUUUGUGGAUAAAUUAAGACAUAUAGAGUGGCCCAAUAAUAUAUAGGAAAUCCAUUAUUAUUUAAGGGACAUAAAAUAGAGUUUAGAGUUUAUUGGAUUAUUGUAUCAACAAAUCCUUUAAUUGCAUAUGCAUAUGAUAAAACACUUAUUAGAAGAUGUAUUUAUCCAUAUGAUAAAUUUUCAACACUUAAAGGAGCUCAUGUUUGUAAUACAGCAAUUGUUAAGAAAACCAUAUUAUCAAUGUAAAAUGAAUCUUAGGAACAAGAUGAGAAUGAUAAUGAUGAUGAUAAUGAUGAUGAAUUUACUACUAUUAAUAAAAAAAAUAAUAAUAAUAAUACAAUUAAUAAUUCUAUUUCUGAUCAAAUUAAUUAAGAAGAUCUUUAUAUAGAUUGGAAACUUGAUUAUUUAUAAGAAUUAUUACUGAAAUAAGGUAAAAUAAAAAAUAAAAAAUGGUUAAAAUAAGAAUUAUUACCUUAAAUUGAUAGAAUGAUUAUUCAUGCAAUAAGAAGUGCAUAAUAUACAUUUGCAAAAGAUAGCAAAUUAGGGGAAUUCUUUGCUGCUGAUUUCUUAUUAACAGAUGAUCUUAAACUUCAUAUAAUGGAAAUCAAUUAUAAUCCAUAGACACUAAAAACAACUGAGGCUAGAGUUAAAUAACAUACAAAAAUGGUUUAAGAUAUGGUUGAAAUAUCUAAUGCAUAUUUAAGAAGUAGAUAUAUAAGAUUUAGAAAGAUUAUUGAUAAGGUUGUAGAUAAAUUAUCUAAAGGGAAAUCAAGAUUACAAGAUAUAGUAAAUCAGAAAAUGGGUUAAGAAAUACAUUAAGCAUAUUUUAGUAGAUUGGAAUCAAAUAUUAAGAUUAGUUCAAAAAAUCUCUUUAGAUUGAUUAUGGAUGAUGGAUUAUAAGGAACAUCUAAAUAUAAAGAUCUUUUAUAAGAGAAAUGUAUAAAAUGA